CUUUGAGAUUUAUCAGUAAAUCUAAUAUACGUUCCAAGCCCAUAUAGCCCUUGUUACAGCAAUAUACUUAUCAAUCUGCCCUAGCUUUAGAUUAUCCUUGGAAAUAUCUACGUAAACUACAAUCCUACCAACCAGAUCUAUUUCAACGCAGACAUGUCUUCGAUAUAUUCCCCAUUAUACUCUAUUUAUGCCACGCUGGUUUGCUUGGCUAUCCCAUUGGCCUUUGCUAUUCGACGUUCCAUAUCACGUCCCCUAUUUCUACAAGCUCACGAACGCAAUGGCCAUCAAAGAGUUGCAGUCUCAAUAAAACUUUCACACGCUACUGAAAGUCCCUUCGAUACCGUCACGGACAGAGCCGAGCCUGGAAUUUAUACGGCAAAGCAGAUCGCGGACUUCGUCCUGUCUCUGUCGGAACUCACCGACGAAGAGACCGAUAAUGCUCAACGUCUGGCUCGCAACCAUGGUAUCAUGGACAAUUGGUCGGUCCAGAGGGGUGUCCAGAACUUUGAAGAGAUUUAUUCGUUCAAUUGUGUUCUUGCCAUCGCGCACUUCUACAACGUCCUCCCUCGUCUUAAGGACGAGGAAAUUUCUAAUACUUAUGAGAAUUGCGUCCGUGCCAUCAAUUUCCUUACUUAUUUCCUUCAAACACAAUUGGAUAAAACGAGAAGACUGUCAGGCCCGGUGAAAUUGUCCAAAGCUGAACGGUUCAAAUUGGACCGCGUUUGGGAUAUCUGUGUUUGUUUACUAGGCGCUAUCAAAGCCCGGUCUGGUUUCCAACGGCGAAUUCGUGUUGGCGAUAUACCAAUUGUCCAUGACACCCACUACCAAAGGGCCGCCAGGCUCGCGUUAGACAGGAACAACCGAAGUGGAAGAGGGCGAAUUUGUCAAAAGGCCUUGAAGUUCCUUAUACGAGAGGAAAUCGAACCUUUCGUCCAACCAAUUCGCUUGAUCGAUGCGCUCCAGUACACAGAGGAAAUUCAGGAUCCUAACAAUAGCUUCAGCCAUCAAGCUUGCACAGAGGAUAAUUGCCAAUUCGAUAUCGUACUCCCGAACAAAGAAUAUCACAUCCCGGGCUGCUCCAGAUCGUGCGGGGAGUCAAGGCCUCCACCAAACAGCGAGGAUGACUUCAUAGCUAUAUCUAACCGUGGCAUGCCUGCGGUGAACAUCUCCAAUCCAAAUAAAUGGUGGGUAGAGGCCGGCGACAAGACUCUAGUUGUGUCUCAUGUUUGGAGGGAUGGCAUAUGGGGUACAAGAGACCGUGGGAUAAACAACUGUGUCCACGACCACCUUGUUAGAAUUGCCAGGGAGAACGAUUGUACUAGUUAUUGGAUAGACUGUGCCACAAUUCCAGAAGAGGAAGCGACACGAAAGAAGAUGAUUAUGAGAAUCAACCAGACAUUCAUGCAAGCACAUCUUGUGCUCUGCUGGGAUAGAGGACUCAGCACCUUAGAUUCGGAUAUCGAAACAACCUUAUUGUCUCUAAUCAUCUCCCCUUGGCAUCGACGAGCGUGGACCCUCCUUGAAGCCAAUAGGGGCCGACAAAAUAAGAUAACAUUUCUCAAAUGGACGGGUGAGGAUGGUUCGUAUUGGACGAGUAAGGGUGAUUCAUAUGAACUAUUCCAUCUGAGCAAAAUGCUUGACGAUGUUUUCGAUAAACCCCAUGUUCCACUAUGGAUUCGGUCGACAUUAGUUGAGCUUCUGCCGUAUAGUGAUACACCACUGCCAGUGGAUGCAGCGGGAUUACUGCUAUCCGGACGUCAUGCUAGUCGACCUGGUGACUCUGAAUCAAUUUGGGGUCUACUUCGUCCUAUUGAAGCAAUUGACAGAGCUGACCAUUUUGAUUAUGAUGAUCCGUACAUGUAUGCUAAGAAGGUUGACGUUGCAUUCAUUAGCUCUAACGCGACCCGGUUCAACCCCUAUGAUGGCCCAGGAUCCUGGAGGCCCGGCAGAACCAAUGCCAGUUCUUGGGUCCGCACAGCGUAUGGUGGUAUCAAAGGAGAGGUUAUUCACAUCAAGCAUAAGAAGAUUCUAGUGUGUAAGUGGUGGGCAAAGACUCAACGCGAAAAUUGGAACUCCAUCAACUGGGAAUCAGCGAGUCCCGAAGUCAAGCGGCUACAGCAUGAGGAAGUCGAUCGUUUUGCACUCAUCUGCCCAAUUUUGAAGGGAGACCCGAUAGAAGUUCCCAGGGGAGAAUGGGCAUCACCACCAGUGAAGGGCUUUUUCCGAACUAGUAUUGUCAUGGAGUGUAAUCGGGCAAUCUUGAUUACGCAAGGAACGGGUCAAAAGGAUGGCGUCUGGCGAUGGGAAGGUCUUGUGGAAAUGAGGGAGGGACACUCUUUGUUCUUCAAACCAGGAGAGAACGAGGUUUUCAAAAUUGGCAGGACUUAAAUGUAUAUUGGCAGUGUUGAUAAGGCUUUAUGACGUUUGUUGUGCCGUUGGUUUUCAUACCUUAGGUAGUUUCUAUGUACGAGAAUCCAAAACAUCAUCCAACUGAAGCCUUCUUGAGAAAGAUUUGGUGUAA